AUGGAUCUAGUGCGGAGAGACGGCGCUGAGCGAUCUCAGCCGUACUCAUACAGUGUAGUAGGCUUCCUCGACAGCUCUCAAGAAAUUGAGUAUGUUCAGUGUCGCGGGAGAUGCCAGCACGACGAGAAGAGGAUUGGCUGUCACCUUGACUGCUACAGUUCAAUAUCCAUUGAGACCUUUUCGCAGACCUACGAAGUGACUGCACCCGACUUCGAACCAUCACAUAUAGCGAACUGCCAGCGUUCCCGCUGGUUACGGUCCUGGCUCGCCUCGAUAAUCAGAAGGGCGACGCACUCCCGCCUUCCUUUGGAAGUCUGCAGCGACAUCGCAGUUCGGGCUCUUGAUCAACAGACCAGCCGUCGAAUGGCCGUUUGGUAUGCCGAGAGAAAGUGCGGUGAGUUUGCGAGAAACGUAUCACAAGUCGCCCUUUCAAAGAAAAUAUAUGUUCGAUACGCAUACUUCGAGGGCACCCGAUACAUUGCGCGAUUGACAAAUGCAGCCACCAACAAUAGAGAUAUACUGGUGUUUGAUCCACUGUCGCAGACACCAGCUGCAAGGUUGUACGUUUCUAGUGAUCACCUUGGCAUUCGACAGUUGUUAUUUGUCAAUUCGUCAAGCAAACCUGCGAUCAUCCAAGAGCCGGAUGUCUGGUGGAAAACAAUAUGCCUUGGCAUUGCCUGGGGCUUACCUCAAGCAGUGUAUAAACACGUUCGCCUAGAACCCCUUUGCAACGCCGAAUUAACCUAUCGCAUGUCGGUAGUGCCAUGCAAUCAUCCUACUACCACGGCCUAUUCGCUUUGCUGGAACCAAAGUAUUUUGACACUGCACGCACACACUGCCGGCGAGAAUUUCGACUGUUAUCAUGAGCUGAGAACCAUGGACGAAUCUGCUCUAUGGUUCUAUAUGCCACUUCGCGUGGGUGAAGUGGUGACGGAAAUCUGGAAGUGUGAUGGUUCUCUUCGCAGCGCAAUCGCUUUGUUGUUGGUCACAAAUCGGGAGCGCUCGAGUUAUUUAGGGGUGCAGCCACAGCAAGGCUGGAGCCGCUCGAAAUGGACUCUGCUUGACCGGCCCACCAAAAGCCCUAGCACGAUAUAUCUGAUGAAAACGGCACUGGGUAGUUUACUGGGCUUCGAGUCACCCAAGCCUGAUGAUCAUAAUCCAAGCCCUAGAGUUGGGUGGCCAACCUCGUCAUAUCCAAAGUCCCGCCGCCAUGAAUACUUCGCUUGGACCAGUGCGAAGCUCGACGACGUCGUGGAUAUCAUUCCAUGUCGACGCUACCGGCAAGGAAGUAAAACCAUCAGCGGGCUUCUACUUCGUUAUAUUGACGGACAGCAAGCAUGUGUCGGACAAAUAAGGCUAGAUCAACUGCAAAACCCUAUUUGCGUUGAUCGUGAUUGUAAGAUGUGGUUCGAAUUCUCUCUAACGAGCGAUGGGCCUAUCGUAUCUGGUAUCGAGCAGUCACGGGAAGCACCAUCGCUAUCGAAAGGCGAAAACUGGUUUCGGGUGGAUUGGCGCGGUGACCUGGAGUGGUGGUAUUCUAAAAGACAAUGUCAACUAUCCCACCAGGGACGCCUAAGCCCCGAAACAAUGCAGUAG